AUCUAAGAACUCAUUACGGUCGAUACGUGGAGAAUUGAAGCCAUAUCACUCGCUGUUUGACAUUGUGCCCUCUGGUGUGCUUCCCGAAAUGAUGACGUCAUGGAUUGAACAAGACUAAAAAUACCCAUAAUGCACCUGUCACUCUGCAGCGGUGGAAAUGAUGCAUAAUAAAUAACAGCACACGGGAGAAUCACUACAGAGCGCAUAUCGAAUCGGUAGAGGUACAGCCUGGUCCGUACAAAUAGCCAAUUUGAUCAGCACACAGUACUGGGAACGGGGCCGUAGAAAUGAGUCUGCCUGAACCCGAGCCGUCACCCGAACCCGAACCGGAGCCUGGUAUCGGCGGACCGUGGGGGAACUCUUCCCUGGUGAUGAGCGAGCCGUUCCCCGAGUGGGGGUGGAACGCGUCGAGUGAGGGGGAGCCGGAACCAGUUGCCGAGCCGCACUUUGGGCCCUGCGUCCAGGGGAUCCUGGUCGCCUUGGCCGUGCUGAUAAUCGUCCUCGGUUCCUUGGGGAAUACCUUGGUCAUUAUUGUCAUUGGGAAGAUGCGAACAGGUCGAACAGUGACCGAUGUCUUCUUGACCUCCCUGGCCGUGGCUGACCUUCUUGUCUGCAUCAUCUGCUCCCCUCUCCUCGUGGUUGGGAUCCUGGUCCACUCUGGCCACACUGGGGUCUCCUACAACGUGGAGCAAUUCCUCUUCUACUUCUCCUCCGCCGCGUCCAUCUUCAACUUAACGGCGAUCGCCCUGGACCGCCAUGACGCCGUGCUGCACCCAAUGUCGCGGCGGCUCACCCUGCCGCGGUGCCGGCCCGUCCUGGCGGGCGUCUGGGCCCUGUCAGCGGCCGUCGCUGUCGUGGUCUAUUUCAUGCCAGCCCAGUUUGAGUUCAUCGUCUUGGCGCUGUGCUUCGCUUUCCCCUUCGUCGCCAUGGUGAUCAGCUACGCCCGCAUCCUGCGCGUGGCCAAGGCGGCCGAGCGCAGAGCGGCGUCCCACCAGGGCGGGAGCUCGGGCAAGGACGGCAGCAAGACGGACAAGACGGUCAAGAUGGUAGUCAUCGUGGUGGCCGUCUUCACAGUGUCCUGGAUUCCGAGUCUCAUCAGCCGACUGCUCAAGUACGUAGUCACCAUGACACCGGACGAGAAGAGUGUCAUGGAGGUCACGGCAUGCCUGAUCGCCUACGGGGGGAGCGCCCUCAACUUCUUGGUAUACGCCUUCAUGAGCAGACGAUUUAAAAUCGGUUUGGCCCAGCUCUUCAGAUGUCAUCGCUUCAUCCAGAGGGUCAGCCCCACGGCAGAUGACGACAUCGGAAAGACCCGAUUCCACGCAACCAUGGCAACAGUCCAGCACACCGCCACGGCGCCGCAGGACGCCCUGAAAGACGGGUCCGCCUUCCGGAGUGACAAAAUGACGCCAAACGAACCGAACGCGUCUUUGAAUCAUGCUGAGAAUCGAUUACAGUCAAUCGAUCCACCAAGCUCACUCGCCACCCUGAAAUAGACACUGAGAAUCGAUAAUCACAAAUCGAUUCAUCAAAGUCGCACAAGCCUGAAAUGGACAUUGUAACUAGUAAAAUGAAGUAAAGUUGCUUGUUUAUAAAGUCAAACUCUGUAAUGUAAAUUUGUAAUAAUCUAUUGAUCCUUAUAGAAGUGUGUAAAUACAGAAAAAAAUGAGUUGUUCUCCAUCGACGUUACCCUCAAAGACGAUACAUACAAUAAACUUUGAGUAAAGAAACGUUAGAUGUCCUCAACGUUGUACAAAUCACCAUUAACUUCAAAUUACUGUUAACUUUGUAGUUUUAUUUUCAUUCGUUUAUUUCGUGUGGAUAAUGGUAUAAUAUAUUAAUCCAAUUCAUCGAUCAGAUAGACUGAUCGAACUCUCUAGCACUUGGCUAUUAGAAGCCUUCGAUAUGGUAGUAAUCAUGGGACACCGUGUACAUUUUUUGGGUUAAAAUAAAAUGCAGUGAUUUCUGAAGUCUUUUUGCGGUUUAGAGAUAAAUAAGAAGAAGCGCACUUACAACAAA